UAUACUUUAACUAUUUUUUUAUAGCUAAAAAGAACAAACCAUCGACUCGGAGUCGGAUCGAGUCAACAAAUCGAAAACGCUAUUAAUCUCAAUCUUUAGUCUGAUACGGGCUUUACAGAUCAAAGAAAAACAACCGGAUAAAAGUGUAGAAAGUGUAGAAAGAACAGGAUCUAGAUCGGAUCCAAUUGCUUCCUUGUUUUAUUACGCCAAUUAUUUCUUUAAUUUCCUAAAAAUCACAAAUCUAACGUAGAAAUACAUUGUCAAAUAAUAAACGUAACUGUAAAAAAAAAUCACAUUACAUUCCUAAUUUCAGAAGUAUGUAAGUGUAGAAGACGAAGUUUGAGUGAGAACAUGAUAUGUUAGGUUAGACCAUGUAAAACGAGCGUGACUGGAUUGUGACUCGACCGGUCUCCAAUGACAAAUGAUUUUAGCAAUUAGGAGUCUUGGCAAUAUUGAUCCUUUAUUUAAAUCGAGCAAAACUGAAUUAAAUGACUGCUCCGUACACAAGAUAGUACAAAAUAGUUGCAGUUAAUACCAUUUUCCACGUUGUAAAUACAACGACAGUCAGGACCUGUCUUGACGGUGGGAUGCAAAGUUCUGAAAGGUCCGAUUUGCCGAAGCAGUUUGAUAAGAAGAAUGAAAAGGUUGUCGGUUCUCAAAUAGCAGAUAAAGACUUACGCAACUAAAGGAUAUUUUAACAUUACUCGAUAUAUUGCGAAAUAGGAAAACAAAUUGAGUAAAUUAAAUUGCAAAUAAUCUUAUUGAAAUAGAAAUGUCCGACACUUUGCAACAAGAGAAAAUGAAACCGCACGACGUGUUCAAAGAAUUGCAGACCUGUGAAAAAGAUAUACCGAUUUUCCGAAAAUUAAUACGUACUGCGCACGAUGUACCUUACGCGAGAGAAAGUGUGAGAGAAUGGCAGCCGAUUCUAACGCAUCUCCUUACGGAGAUAAUCAGUAACAAUUCCGAAUUGGGGAAUGAUCGCGUUUUUUUAGCGUGCCACGCGUUCCACGCUUUGCUUUCGAUACAAUGCGACUUGCAAUUUGUUAGAAGCAGCAUGAUUGACUUCCAAAGACUGGACUCGCGCGACUUGCGUUUCCUCGGCAAGCAAUACACCGUCUCCGAUCUCGAGCUCUUUAAGUUACUGAAUGUCUACGGAUAUCUGCAAGUGAGCCAGAAAGAUGUUCUCGAGAUGUCCUCCGAAUACGACGUUUACCAGAUUAUGUUUGACGUAAUAUAUAGAAAUUGUAUAAGAUAUACGAGACACACUUACCUCUCAUACAAAGUACUGUCCAUGUGGUUGAAUAAGAGACUGAAGAAUACGUUCGACGGGCGCUUUUUGGACAAACGCGAUCAUGUCUUGGAGCAAAAGUUGGAGGCUAUCAUAUUCUCCAAUUGGUCCAACGCCCUUGCUAAUUUAAGCAAGCAGAACGCAGAAAUUUUCAACACGUAUCUCCGGAUAAUGUCGCAGAAGUAUGACAAAACAUUUGUAGAUAGAGUAUGUAAUAUAUGUCUUACAGAUAUGUCGUGGCAAAACGAAAAGAAAUACGUUAUUUUGGCGGAAAUUUUUCAAGUACUCGACAAAGGCGAUAUUAUGAAGCACCGAUCGUCCGUUUCGUACGGAUUAUGCAAUAGCUUAACAAGAAACUCUUUGCGUUGCGGCGGUACGAAGCUUUAUCUGACGAUUUCGAAGAAACUGAACGAAGCUGAAUGGAAGAAAAUGUUCGGGAAAGCUAUGAAAUUCGUUAUUGACCGCUGGGAGUCGGGAAAGCAUGAGGAUCACAACGCUCUUCAAUCGUUGUUCCAAUACUGGCUCGAACCGACUAUUGAAACGUACAGGGACAUCGUGCGGUUUUUAUGGAAAUUGUGCGACAACACGCGGGGAUACUUUUUCCGUUCGCACCUGCAAAGAAUAGCCGCUAAAGUACGUGUAAAGCUACCGCAAAUGCACGACGUCGAUCAGUACAUAAACGACAAGGAGGAAAUCGUACGAUUGAACGCUUUUGCUGUGCUUUGUGAGCGCUUUGUCGAGCUGACUGAAAUUAACAAAGAUAAGGAUAGAUUCCUUUUGAUAAAACAAUUUCUGUGGUUUAACGCCAAUACCGCAACGAUUCUCAUGAGAGAAGGGAUAAUAAAAUAUUUCGGGAUAUUGUGCGCAAAUAUCUUUAAAGCUAUCGGUAAAGCCGACUGUGCACAAUCCAUUUUCGAGUUCCUGGAAUGGCUGCAUGAAUACUUCCUGGACUGUUUCGAAAUUGGCUCUUGUUAUCAACGCAAAAUCCUCGCUUUAAACUUAAAUAAAACUUUACUUUCUUUCACAAAUAAAAAUCCGAACAAGACCCAUGACCGUUUCUCAAGAAGAAAGAAGGCAUUCUUUUCCUGUGACUCCGUAAUCAACGAAUACUUGAAGACUACUGACAGUUGGAGGUUUACUAAUAAGGAAUCUUUCGUCUUGUUAUUAAGACUCGUGCUAGACUCUGCACUUGAUGUUAGACAAUUAGCUGCCACCCUCAUUUUGGAAUAUUUUGAAGAGAGUGCUUUGUCGAUCACGGAAAAGAGCAUACUCUACAAUUGUGCAUGGGAGUAUUGUAAUUCUUCGAAAUUCUACGAAAUUGAAAGCGGAGCAAUUCUCAUAAAGAUAAUAGUACAUUGGGCGCAACCCUUCAAUUCUAAAGAUGCAGCUGCAAUAUUUUCCGACAAUGAGCAUAAUGAUAUUCUCGCUUACUCGAGUUACUCGGAAUUUCUAUUGAACGAAGCUAAACGUCAGUUGGCACAGAUGAAAAGCGAUAUUUUAAAAGCCAUUGUCGAGAAUAGGCCUUUUUAUGGUGUGUUGACUGCUUUACUAGCAGUUGCUUUCCGAGGUGGAACAGAGGAUUGGGUCUUAAAACCAAAUUUUACGGAGGAAAUUCUCAAUCUUUUGGAAGACGCUGUUGAUUUCUUUUUAUCUACGUUUUCAACGAAAGCAUCGAACACAGUUUAUUCCUCCUCGUUUGCGGAGAUGGGAUUGGCUAUCGAUGAAAAGAUAAAGACCAGUGAAAUAGAGGAUAUUGAUUACGACGAGUUGCAAUUGUCUUCGGCACAUCAAGUGCUUAUCUCGUGUAUUUGGAUGUCUUUAAAGAUAUCAUGCGAGAUCGCUAGCGAAAUUGGGAUACUGAUGCAAUCUGAUGCACAAGUAAAACGUUCCAUGGACAUUAUCGUUACGGUACUACUGAAGUGUCGACAUAAAGGCGUGGUGGAGUGCGCUGGUGUAGCGAUUGCGAAUCUAUCCAGAUGUUUGUACAACAAAAAGGAGUAUUGCGAGCUACCACAAACACAUCUGACGUGUUUGUUGGAGGAGGAUACAGGAAAGUCGUUGCAUUUAACACGACGAGGGGCUGGAUUGUCGAUCAUGUUUCACAGAUUGGUCGUCAGCGACACCCGAAAGGAACGACCUGCAGUUCAUCUUGCAGUGCGGACAUUGUUGCACGCGCUGGAGAACUUCUCGGUGGCGGCCGUUAGAAACGUCGAGGCCGGAGAAGAGUCACCAUGGGCGAAACGCCUGCACUUCCUGCGCGCGCUAGUAGCCGACAAGGAGAUACACCCGCAAUUGGUUCCGUACAUGGAGGACAUUUGUCUAGCGUGUUUCAAAUACAUGAAAUCCGACGUUUGGAUCGUAAGGAAUGCGAGUUUGCAACUGUACGGCGCGGUGGUGCCGAGAUUGGUGGGGCAGUGCACCAGGAAAGGCGAUGAGACAUUUGACUUCGGCGAUGGUUACUCCUUCAAUCACUUCGUCACGCACUACCCGACACUGACGAGUCGCAUGUGGGCGCAGCUACGAGACGUCUCGGAGAUACGCGGAACUUCGAACGCGGCGUUGCGGGCCUACUCCAGCGUCGUGCAGACGCUCAUAGUGCUGUCGAAACUGUCGACAGGCAACUGCGAUCUCGUCGAUUAUCCCGCGAGGGUGGUCGCGACGAAAUUCAAACGUCUGUUGCUCGUUUUCCUGGGUAAUCCGAUGAUACACGUCAGACAAUUGGCCGCGAAAGCGUACACGGCUCUCACGCCUUUUAUCAGUAUCAACGGAUACGUAGACACGGAUGGAAGCAACAAUUCGGAGAUAGACGCGAUUAGGAAGAAGCUUCUUUCGAGCAGCGACGUUAACGUGGUGCACGGAUGCUUAUUAACUUGUGGAUAUUUGAGAGAAAAGUUCAUUCACGAUGCUCGCAAUAUAUCUCCCCUUUACGAGGAAACGCAAGAAGACUAUGGCAAGGUCAUUUGGACCGCAAAUUUUGGACCGAAUCGCUACCUCAGUAUAUUAGAGGCGUGGCAUAAUAUACGCCAGGAUGAAAAAGCUGCGCAACCGUGUUGGAUAUUGGAAACAUUGUUUCUACGGGAGUCACACCCCUCUUCACGCAUCACAGAUCGUCCCUCUUUCCUUUACGAUUUACCGAUAAUCGAAUACGUGGUAUCGUCGCAGAAAUUUCAACCCGGAUUUUUUCAGUUCGUUGGAUAUUCCGUACAGCUGCACGCGGCUUAUCUCAAAUCGCUGGUCGCAAAUGGAUGUAAAUUUGAUUUCGACCUCGAAGCAAUCCGCAAUAUUCUGAACUCGAGUUGCGCCGAGCAGGGUGUCGAAUUUUUAAGAAAUCUGUCGCACUGCGUCUUUUUACUGGAAUUUAUUCUCAAGUACUUGCUGUCGAUAAGGAGUAAUUGUCACCCGUUGCUUCUCGACGAAAUAAUAGCGUUUACAUUGCGAACCAUAAAGCACGCCAGCUUGGAGACUCACGUGCUGGAAUUCGACGAGACAAUAGAGGAGUUUAAUGAGAUGGCCGUCGCGAGUCCGAACGUAGCUCGCGUGAAGAAUUCGUUGAUCUUGGCAUUUUCUAAGCGCGAGACGUUGUUAAACGAGGUACUGUCGCACGUUUCCGAUAUAUGUAUAAAUGAGAGGCAGUCCGUGCGGCUGACAGCGGCGGAAUACAUCCAGCUUGCCCUGCACCGUUUCGCACAGCUGGUAUGCGACAAUAAGUUGACAGUUACACGAUGCUGCUUGAUUCUGAUGAAGGACGAGAUCGCGGAGAUACGCGAGAUGGUGUCGACGUCGUUGCAGAAGCACGUGCCCCACGUCGGUUCCACCUCACGUCGAUUGCAACACGAAGAACUGGUGUACCAACGGCUUUUAUCAGAUGUUAUUCGUCGUCAUGUCGCCAACGGCAGCGUAGACUUCGUACGAUAUUUCACACAUGCCAUCCGAGACGGCGAUUCCAGCGUGACGAUCGAAAAUCCGUUUCAUCAUAACGACAGUAUUUUCCAUAAGGAGGAAUUCAAGUUUUUAAACGUAUGCUUUCUUCACGAUCCUUCGGCCGGCUAUCGCAGCGAAGAUUCUUCGGACGUUAUACGUGCGAUACAGACGAGACGCUUCAGGACAUUGCAGGAAAAAGCUGGCUUCAGCUAUGACGAUUUGCGAGCGGUUUUGUAUUUGAAAGAGAUUGACUAUAUGGUGCGUAAGCGAAAUGCCAUUAUACAACAGUGGAAAUAGUACAAUUCUCAUCCAUUCAUUUCCUGUUUUAAACUAAUCGAUUUGACAUCGAAAGUUUUGAAAUAACGAAGCUUCUGCGCGAGACUGAUCUCCAUUAAAAAUAGCAUUGUACAUUUCAACUUUUCGAAUACCUUUGUAUAAAUUAUGUGAUUGUUUACUCAUUGAAUAAUUUAUUAAUGAAUUCUUAAUUUAUAUGAUUCUUCUAUUCUCGUCAGAGCGUUGUGUGACCCCUCAUCGUAUUUCCUAUUUACAAUUUACGCAGAUAUACGGGAUCGCUAGUUCUGAGCGGCUUUAACCAAUUAAAGGGAUUUUCUCAUAGCAAGAUAUAUUCUCGAUCGUUUAAAUUAUCAUUGCCUUCUGAGAGGUAGUAACCGAAUAAAAAUCGGUCGGAUUUGAACUCGCUGGUCUUUGGCACAGAAAACAUACGCACAACUCUCUGCGUCACGAUCGUGUUAAUAUCAAAUAGAUUGAUUUUUGUUUAGAUAAAUCAUGUAAAUAUGUAUAAUUGGCAAGUAGCAAUAAAUACUAUUUCAUUAACGAAUUAUAACGUAAUGCGGUUGAAAUAAAAAUAGAGAAAAAAAAUGACAAGACUACCUUGAUGAUUACCAUAAACACUCUCGCGAGUGUUCGAGGGGUAUGUUAACUGACAGUAAAUAAGUUUACUGUAGAAUAAUCGAAAAAUCUAAUUAUAUGAUAAAGAGAUUAAAGAAUUUUAUACGCUCUAUUUUUGUCUUUCGUCUUAUUGUCUUGAAAGAGGUGAUAUGAGAAAUAAAUGUUUUUAUUCGUACAAUGCGCAAGAUAUAUUUAAUUUUAUAUAAUUACAUGUGUACAACUUAGCCAGCCAAAUGUGCGAUACACACAUUCCGAGGAAUAUGUAUAAACUGUAGGCUUCAUCGCUCUUUAUACAUAUACACAUUAUACUACGAAUCCUUUUUUCGUCUUAUUAAUCGCCACGUCGCUAUAUACAUCGUAGCUAAUAUAUAAUAACACACAAAUUCAAUUUUUUUUUCUUGUAAACAUCUUCACGACAACAGACAGCGAAGAUUUUUACAUUAGUUUACAUCAGUUGUGUUUAAAUCGAAUAUCUCAAACGAGUUGCAAGUAUGUUACGUGCAACAGAGAUUUGAUGAAAUUCUCGUUUAAUUUCUUACGUAAGAUCAAGGAUUCUUAUUAUCUAGAGACAAGCCUGCAUACACAUCUUUGUAUAAAAAAAAAAAAUCAUAGCGCAAUACCAACCCUUAUCGUUACACUGACACGCUCAAAUCAUAUUUCCUUCGGCGAAGACGAGAGGAAGUAUUACGUGUAUAUAUGUGUAUGUGUGUGUGCGAGUAAAUUAAAAUAUUACACCUAAAAAUAAAUCUAAUGUGAAAAUAAAUAAAACGCCAUGUGUGUAUGUUAAUAUUUCGUAAAACGUUCACGCGGAUCAGGUGCGGAUCGAUCUAAUUUUUCGGGAAAAGUAGAUUUUUUCCGACAGAACACUUCGGAUUUCGCGUUGUGAAAAUCGCGCGUUUUCACAACGAUAAUGCGCGCCCUCGCGUACUGAGCAAUUUUUAUCUAACUACAAAUAUCUAACAUUUCUCUCCUUAAUGUAACAACGCUUUUUUUUUUUAACAGCUACUACGCGAAUGGUGUUCCAUUUUCAUAUUAUCGUCUUAGACUAUUGGCAAGAUUUCUCGCGUUUGCGUUGAUAUGUCACUGAACGGUGAACGCGGUUUUCAUCGUAAACACUCCCACGAAGGGAGACUCGUUUCCCUUUGGGAAAUACGAUCCUGCUUGCGAAUUACUUAAUCAAUCGCGACUGAUUUAUCGAAGCACGCACGAAGAGUUAUGAGCAAUUUGUUCAUUCUCACGUACACGCAUACAUAUAUUCAUCCAGGCGCGCUUGUCACACACAAUUUGCCAACGUAGAAUUUUGAAUAAUAUCGUAGCUUCUAGCCGCUAUAUGUAUAUAUGAAUGCUUAAUUUUAAUAGUCUUCUUACUAAUGUCAAUAUAUUAAAUCUAAAUUUUAUAUUGAUCAUUGUCUAUCUAACAACACAUUGUUCAAUUUAGACUUACACAUUAUGUGGUUUACACAUUAUGUGGUUACUUAAAUUAUUAGCUAGAUAUUUUCGUGAAAAAUAUGUGCAUAAGAAUAACGCAAACUUUCGAUUUCUCUUGAAUAUAUGCUGGCAGAUACGACUCGCUUGAAUUCAAUGAAAGAUAAUUUUCCAAUUAACUAACAGACACAUUGCAAAAGAGACAGUAUCUGAGCAUCCGGUCGAUCAACAGACAAUAAUCAACCGUCGCAAACAAGGUCACUGCGACCGGCUGUUAGAGCAACAAUAUACGAGUGCUUGCAAUAAAAACAAAUUUUUGACCAAGAAAAAAACCAAAAAACACAUGUGUGAGAAUACCAAAAAAUCUUUGAUGACCAAGCUUUUUAUGCAUUUAAGCUUUUUAUGCAUUUAAUGAACAUCAAUGCACUUGUGAA